UUAGGAUCGGUCGUUUUAGUAUAUCACCCACUGCUAUUUGGAGCAGCGACAAAGACCUGCUCGCAGCUCCUCCGCUCAGUUGUUUCUGAGAAGCGGUUUCUCAUGGGGAUCGCGGGUUGUGAGUGACCACUGUCAGGUAGUAAAACUGGAACCUUCUCUUCUUGGAGUAAAGAUCCAAUUCCUAUCGAAUGGAAAUCUGGUGUUGUGUUUAUGCCAUCUGUGUUACCCACCCCUUCACAAAGCCUGUCACCCUUAUGCGCUUACAUUUAUUUGUCUUAGUGUUGGGAGUCAUCCAUUCAUUUAUUGAGGCCCUGCUCUGGGUCAGACAUAAUGGCAGGUACUGCGGAGAUACCAAAAUGAGUAAGACACAGACCGUGCCCUCAAGUGCUCAUAGUCUAGGAGGAAACAGAUUCUGCUAAUAAAUAAUUAUAAAACUGUGACAAAUGAAAUAAUAGAAAUACAUUAAAAGGACAGUUGGUAGCACUGGAGAAAGAGGGGCUAAUUCCCUGGGGAUGUAGGUAAAGCUUUACCAGAGGAUGUGAUCUUUGAAUAGAACUUUGAAACCUGAGUGUUUAUUUGCCAGUGUGGAGAAGGAAAGGAAAUUUCUGGUUGGAGAGGGCAUCAGCAAAGGCAUUAUGGUGGGUUUGUGGCAGGUCAAGGAAAGGUGAAGUCAGAGUGCUUGAUAGAUAGGACUCUAAGGUGGAAGAUUGGGAAGUGAGGCUGGAGAAAGGCUGGAGCUAGAUUGUGCAAGGUCUUUUAAGUCAGCCUAAGAGGCUUGCACUUUAGAUACCGAAGAACCAACAGAUUUUAAAAAUAGGUUUUAAUAAGGGAAAACAACUGAUGUAUGAUAAGUUCAGGUCUCAGAGAGUGACAGAAGUCUUUAGGAGCUAAAAGGACAGCACUGAUUGAAUGACUGGGUAGUUGAGAGAGAAAGAAGAAUCUAAGGUGACUCUGAUUUCCUGCUUGGGAAGUGAGGUGGAUAUGAUACCAUCAGCAAGAUAGGGAAUCAGGAGUAACAGCAAUAUACCUAAUUCAAUUUUAAACUUAAGCAUAGGCAUGGUAAUUGUAUGAGAGUGAAUGAGGUCAAGAUCAUUCAGGGAAUAUAAGGAAAGUGGGAAAAUGAGAGGAUUAAAGUAUAAUCUCAAGAAAACAGGGGCGCCUGGGUGGCUCAGUCAUUAAGCGUCUGCCUUCGGCUCAGGUCAUGAUCCCAGGGUCCCGGGAUCGUGCCCCGCAUCGGACUCCCUGCUUGGCGGGAAGCCUGCUUCUCCCUCUCCCACUCCCCCUGCUGUGUUCCCUCUCUCACUCUCUCUCUCUGUCAAAUAAAUAAAAUCUUAAAAAAAAAAAAAAAGAAAACAUUAACAUUUAAGGGACAGGCUAAAGAAACAUCACUGUUGGAAUUAUCAAAAAGUAUAUGAUGAGAUUUAGAAUCCUAAGAGGAAGAAAGUUACUGAAGGAAAGAAGAUGGUGCCAACUGCUGCAGACAUAUUUUUUAAGAUAGGACUAAUAACAGAUCAUUUGUUUUGGUAUUGAAAAUCUCCCCUUCGAACUGCAGAGAAACUUUCAGCUCAUGAGGGACCUGGACCAAAGAACAGAGGACCUGAAGGCUGAAAUUGACAAGUUGGCCACUGAGUAUAUGAGUAGCGCCCGCAGCCUGAGCUCCGAGGAAAAAUUGGCCCUUCUCAAACAGAUCCAGGAAGCCUAUGGCAAGUGCAAGGAAUUUGGUGACGACAAGGUGCAGCUUGCCAUGCAGACCUAUGAGAUGGUGGACAAACACAUUCGGCGACUGGACACAGACCUGGCCCGUUUCGAGGCUGAUUUGAAGGAGAAGCAGAUUGAGUCCAGUGACUAUGACAGCUCUUCCAGCAAAGGCAAAAAGAAAGGCCGGACCCAAAAGGAGAAGAAAGCUGCCCGUGCUCGUUCCAAAGGGAAAAACUCAGAUGAAGAAGCUCCCAAAGCUGCCCAAAAGAAGUUGAAACUUGUGCGCACAAGUCCUGAGUAUGGGAUGCCCUCAGUGACCUUUGGCAGUGUCCACCCCUCUGAUGUGUUGGAUAUGCCUGUGGAUCCCAACGAACCCACCUAUUGCCUUUGUCACCAGGUCUCCUAUGGAGAGAUGAUUGGCUGUGACAACCCUGAUUGUUCCAUCGAGUGGUUCCACUUUGCCUGUGUGGGGCUGACGACCAAGCCUCGGGGGAAGUGGUUCUGCCCACGCUGCUCCCAGGAACGCAAGAAGAAAUAGAUAGGGGCCUUGGAUUCCCACGGUUUCUUCUACAUCCCUGGACCUGGGCUAGUGGGGAGAGGAAAGCCUGUGCUGGGGCCCGGGGGCUCUGGGAGAGUGGAUGGCGCAGUGUAGUCAUCCCUUCUCCUCCCCUCUCCCCACUCCUGGUGCUGAGGCUGCAUCCAAACCCUGGUAGGGAGGGGUGCCGCAGCCACUAACCAUCUGUACUCUGAUUCAGCCUGCCCCCCUCAGAGGGAAGUGGUCUUGCCCACUGUCCUUUUGCCUCUGUGCUGAGGUUGGUGCUGUAUUUCCAAGGGAUGGUCCUCUUCACUCCCCUUGCUUUGUAUUCAAGGACUGGGGCAGUAGCAUGGGGGCACUCCCCUGCCCUCCUGAUUCCCUCCCCCUGUGGGGGUGCUCUGGUGUGAUAAACUCUCUUUGUUCUCUUCCUGCUUUUUCUGAGGUAGGGGAUCCCCCAGAGCAUCUGGGCUGUGGCCUUAGUUGAAGGGGCACCCCUUCCUCUGUGCCAAGAGGAUUCAUCCUGGCCUUGUGAGUGGGAGAGGGGGCAAGGUGGAAUGCACAUACACAUGUGUAAAGGAAUUUGAGUAGGUGAAUAAAAGCUAUCCAUGUUG